AUGGUCUCCAGUUUAAAGUCAGACACCAUGACUGAUUCAGACAGUGAUCUGGUUGGUGAUCACUGUGAUGAUAAUGAGGAUAUAGAUGAGGACGGUCAUCAGAACUCCCUCGACAACUGUCGCUACGUUGCCAAUAGCAACCAGGUUGACCAUGACAGAGAUGGCAUUGGCGACGCCUGCGACCAUGAUGAUGACAACGAUGGUAUCCCUGAUGACCGUGACAACUGCCGACUUGUGCCGAACGCUGACCAAAUAGACGCAGACAAUGAUGGUCGUGGUGAUGCUUGUAAGGAUGACUUUGAUAAUGACAGUAUACCAGAUGCACUAGAUGUUUGCUCAGAGAACAGUGGUAUUGGAGUUACAGACUUCAGGAAGUUUCAGACGGUUCUGUUGGACCCUCGGGGGACCACUCAGUCUGACCCUCUGUGGGUGGUUCGAGGACACGGAACCGAACUGCUACAGACUGCAAACUCUGACCCUGGCAUCGCCUUGGGUUUUGAUGAGUUCCGUGCGGUAGACUUCAGUGGGACAUUCUACGUGAACACAGACCGUGAUGAUGACUAUGUAGGGUUUGUGUUCUCCUUCCAGUCCAGCAGACGGUUCUACGUUGUCAUGUGGAAACAGGUCAGCCAGGCUUACUGGGAGAAGAGUCCUUCCAGGGCAUUUGGGAACGCUGGUGUCUCUCUCAAAGUGGUCAACUCAAGCUCAGGCCCUGGAGAGGCCCUCCGCAACGCCCUGUGGCACACAGGAAACACCAUACAGCAGGUUCGCACACUGUGGCACGACCCCAACAACAUGGGCUGGAAGGACUACACUGCCUACCGCUGGCACCUCAUCCACCGACCCAAGACCGGCUUCAUAAG